GUGGUAAGAAUAGUGGACGCGCUCGCAGUUUAGUUGCUUUCGUCUCCAGUCGCUUUCAGCGGAAAAAGAGGCGUUGAGCGCUCGGAUCGCUCGGAUCGCUCGGGUGUGUGCGGGGCGUGCGUGCGGAGCGGCAUCGCGGCGUUUUAUUCAGAGUUUCUCUCACAAUCGAAAGAGAUGGUGAUGGAGAAGCCGAGCCCCCUGCUCGUAGGACGCGAGUUUGUGCGGCAGUAUUACACACUCCUCAAUAAGGCACCUGAUUACCUGCACAGGUUUUACGGCAGGAACUCGUCAUAUGUUCAUGGAGGUGUGGACAGCAGCGGGAAACCAGAGGAGGCCGUGUACGGUCAGGCCGAGAUUCAUAAGAAGGUGAUGUCACUGCAGUUCAGUGAGUGUCACACUAAGAUUCGACAUGUUGAUGCUCACGCGACCCUUGGAGACGGGGUCGUCGUCCAGGUGAUGGGAGAGCUGUCCAACAGCGGCCAACCGAUGAGGAGAUUCAUGCAGACGUUUGUGCUCGCUCCUGAGGGUUCUGCGGUGAAUAAGUUCUAUGUGCACAAUGACAUCUUCCGCUAUGAGGAGGAAGUGUUCGGAGACUCUGAGGCUGAACUGGGAGACUCUGAGGAAGAGGAGGUGGAGGAAGAGCAGGUGGAGACUCUAGCGUCACCUGAGCCCACUCAGGACCGGCCCAGCAGCACCUUCUAUGAGCCCCCUCCUGUGAGUAAUGGAGUCGAGGAGCAGCAAGAGGAGGCGGGACCAGAGGCGGAGCCAGAACCCCAGCCUGAGCCGCAGGUCAAUGAGGAGGCAGAGGCGGAGCUUAACCCUGAAGCAGAACUCCAGGUGUCAGAGGCGGAGCCUGAUGAGGAUGAGAAACUGCCUGAAGAGGAGAAAAACCCCACCCCUGGCCCCGCCCAGACCCCGCCCCCUCAGACCACUGAACAGACCAAGCAGACGUUCUCAUGGGCUUCAGUUACCAGUAAACAUCUUCCGCCCGCCGGAGCGCUGCCCGCAUCUGGAAUCUCGCCACACGUGGUGAAAGCCGCCAGUGUUCAGCCUCGUGUGGAGGCCAAACAAGAAGUUCAGUCACUGUUACCCAGAGAUCAACGGCGAGAACGAGCCUUCCCUCCACGAGCAGCCAGACCUGACGGCAGUGUCUCUGAGGUUCAGGGCGGGAAACAGUAUGUCAGUUUUAAAGGUCGCGGGGAGUCUGAUGGUGGUGAUGUGGACACUCGCAGGUCUGUUCGCUAUCCUGACACUCAUCAGCUGUUCGUUGGGAAUCUUCCUCAUGACAUUGAUGAAGGGGAACUGAAGGAUUUCUUCAUGACGUUUGGGAACGUUGUGGAGAUGAGAAUCAAUACGAAGGGAAUCGGUGGGAAACUGCCAAACUUUGGUUUUGUGGUGUUCGAUGACUCUGAGCCUGUGCAAAGGAUUCUGGGAGCUAAGCCAAUCAUGUUCCGCGGUGAAGUGCGACUCAAUGUGGAGGAGAAGAAGACGCGAGCGGCUCGAGAGCGGGAAACCAGAGGAGCGGCUGACGGUCGCCGCGGCCCUCGAGGUCCAAUGGGGAACGGAAUGGGGCGUGACAGGGAUGGGCGUGGCCCGCCAUCAUCAAGGGGAGGGAUGGGGGCGGGGAGAGGUGGCGGUCAGAGUGGAGAGAACCGGUUUGCGGGACCGCGCCGCUGAUACGCCCCCUGGUGGACGGGAGGAUCGCAGAAGAAAUCUCUUUGCUUCUCUCUUUGUUUUCUGUCUCUCUUGCUUUUGGACUGUAAUUUCCUGUAAAAGACUCAACAGAACUCUCACCUGCACCGAUAAGAAGCUGUCAUCUGUGUUUUUGUGUUUAAUUUUGUAAAAAAAAGAAAUUGUGAAGGACAGGUGUGGCCUUUUGAUGUGGAACAAUGUCACGGUGGGGUUUGCUCAUAGAACUGAUUUCUCGCAAAUUUUAUAAUGGACAAACAUCAACGCUUCAUAAA